AUGCCCACAAACGACUUGCACGUCGGUAUCGUGGGUGCUGGCAUUGGCGGUGUACUCUGCUCAAUCGCUAUCGUGCGAGCUGGUGGGAGAGUCACUAUCCUAGAGGCGGCACAGCAGCUCGGCGAGAUUGGCGCUGGCAUACAGAUGACUCCCAAUGUCUCCCGACUGCUGAUACGCUACGGAAUCGACAAAGUCAUCGGCAACGACCUCGUCCGAUUCAGCGAACUCAACAUGCGACGCAAAGACGGCACCAAAAUCGGCUACACCAAGAUCCAGCGGGUCGAAGAAGCCACCGGAUCACCUUGGUGGCUUGUCCAUCGCCACCACCUGCACAACGGUCUUGUUGAGGUCGCACGGCAAAGUGGUGUCGAGAUCUUGAUUGACAGCAGAGUCUCGAAGCUUGAUCGACUGCAGACUGGCAAAGUUGCAGUCGAGACGGAGAAGGGUCGGGAGUUUGAGUUUGAUCUUGUCAUCGGUUCUGAUGGCGUUCAAUCGAUUGUACGAAGGACUUUGUUUCCAGAGGUGAAACCUCGGCCACCAACGGGGAACUGUGCGUUUCGAGCUAUUGUGCCGUAUGAGGAGGUUCGGAAAGAUCCAUUGACGAGAGAACUUGUUGAAGAUGAGAAUGGGAACUUGAUUAAGACGAUGGAGGUGUGGAUGGCUCCUACGGGAUAUAUCAACGCAAAAGACUUCAACAUGGUCUUGAGUCAUUUCCGGGACCCGCCGGUGGAUACUGUCUGUCCUGUCGACCUCGAAGAAGUCCGACGACAGUACGAUGGCUACGACCCCAGGAUCCGGCGAAUCAUCGAGAAGAUACCACCUGGUGUGUCUCGAUGGCCGUUACUCGUCACAGGCCCGCUUGAAUCUUGGUCGAGCCCAGAGAAGAACAUUGUCCUGCUCGGAGAUGCAGCGCACUCCAUGACCAACCACAUGGCUCAAGGAGCUGCGACAUCGAUGGAAGAUGGCGCAUUCCUCGCCCGAUGUCUCAGUCUGGUGAUUGGUGGCAAAGCGACGGUUGGAGAUGCCGUCACUCUCUACGAGAAGGGCAGGAUGCCCAAGGCCAGCUACAAGCAGCAGGUGUCCUUCCUAAACGGCUGGAUCUGGCACCUACCGGAUGGACCCGCGCAGGAAGCUCGGGACAAGGAGAUGGAGCCAGAAUUGCGAGGCGAGGUACCCAUGAGGAGUCCGAACCUUUACGGUGAUCCUGGAUGUGUGCAAGAGUGCUAUGGGUAUGAUGCCGAGAAACACGCCGACUUUGAGAUAUCGGCUUUCUUAAACGACGGACGAGCCGUAAGGGAUGGUGCGGCGAUUCAGCAGGAGCGGGCUGAUCAGAUUGCCAAUUGGUUCCUGCCAGAUGGAGAGCAUUACAAGAUUGCGUCAAGGUUGUAG